AAAUUUGAAGAAAAACAAAUUAUUUUGAAGAAUACAGAAAAAAACAAAUUUUAACAAAAUGUCCACCCAACUGGAAUUCAUAAUGCAAUUAUAUAUGAUGAAUUUACUGCAACAGCAACAGCAACAACAGCAGCAGCAACAGCAACAACAACAAUCCACCCCGUUUGCCUUAAGUCCUGUUAAGACCACACAAGAUUUGUCCUCGCUCUAUCAGCAAUCGAAUUUAAGGAUACAGAAACGCAAAAACUCCCAAAACACCAACAGUAGUAGUAGCCGUAGUUGUAGUCCCAAUAGUAAUUUGAGCCCCUUACCAAAUACAGCCAACAGUUUUAGCUAUCCUUCAACUACUACUACUCCUAGCCAAAAUAACGCUAUGUCAUUGCAACAGCAGCAACAAUUGCUAAUGCAGCAACAGUUGCUGUUGCAACAACAGCAGCUGCAGCAGCAGACAACUCCCCAAUCCUCUUUAAAUCCCAUGUUGUUGAAUAAUUUGCCGGCCUUGACCCAAUUAAUGUUGUUGCAACAGCAGCAGCAACAACAACAACAAUUAACCUCCUCCAAUUUAUUGCUAACACCCACAACACCUUCUUCCUCCCUAUCCUCAUCCAAUAAUUCCCUUAAUUUUCCCUCUUCCCAUAACUCCGGCUCCUCUACAAUGGCAAAUUAUAUGAGCAACAAUUUGGGGAUUUAUGGUUCUACUGUUACCCCAGUUGUUGGUGGUGGUGGUGCUACAACACCACCCCCAGCUACUGCUUCCCUAGUUUCUUCCUCCUCCUGCUCUUCUGCUUCUGCCUCUUCUCUCUUCUUUCCCUCAGUCUUUCCAGCCCAAAAUACUUUUAUAGCUUCAAAAGAAAAUUUUCUUCAAUCAUCUACAGUGACAUCGACACCCAACACAGUUGCCGUCGCCAAUGCCGCCACAGCCGUUUUGAAUAAAAUUUCCGGCUCUACCAAUUUGGGGGAGGCUUCUUAUGUUGUGGACGAUGGCGAUGAUGAUGAUGAUAAUGAGGAUGAUAAGAAUGGUGAUGAGGAAAAUAAAAGUCUGAAAGCCAUAAAGAGCGAAGAAAGUUGUAAAGGCGAUAAUAUUCAUGCUGCAUUGGGUUCAACGAAAUUAUGUACGGGUCUAAAGGCUUUGGAGACAACCUCAGAUUCUAUGGAGGAUUCUUUGCAAAUGCCUUUUACCCCAGAAAAGUCCAGCUCAAACAUUAAUGCCAAUACAUUUUCUUUGAAACAUGGCACCAGCACCACGGCUAUCACCACCACCACCACCACUACCAUGAUGAUGAUGGAUGAUGAAGCUUCAAAUGUGACACCGGUGUCUUUGAAAAAUGCCAUAUUGACACCACCCUCAAGUGAGCAGCUUGGCACGUCCAAGCCCACGCCCCCCAACACUUUUGAAGGUUCAUCAUGUAAAUCAUCAUGUUCGAAUAGUGCCCCUAUGACGGGCACCACCUGCACUUCACUGGGCAGUAGCACUAGCUCCAGCGGUGUGGAUAGCUUUCUAACCGAAGAGAAUUUAAAGCAUUUGCGCAAAAACUCUUCCUAUUUGGAAUGUGAGAAUCCUUUGUGCCGCCAAGAGAAUUUGCGUGAACAUUUCCAUUGUUAUGAGGAACCCUGUCAGGGUAAGAUCCUUAGCAAAAAGGAUGACAUUAUACGCCAUUUGAAAUGGCAUAAGAAACGCAAGGAAAGCUUGUUGUUGGGAUUUGCUCGUUUCUCCUCCUCGGAUGAUUGUGCUCCUGAAUAUGGAGCGGGAUGUGCGUAUAAUUGGAAACAGACACAUUACCAUUGCAUCUUUGAGGAUUGUCCCAAGGUCUAUGUUAGCACCAGUGAUGUGCAAAUGCAUGCCAAUUUUCAUCGUAAAAAUUCGGAAAUUGUACAAGAGGGCUUUCGGCGUUUCCGAGCUCAUGAGAAUUGCAAAAUUCAAGAAUGUCCCUUCUAUGGCAAGAAGACUUCGCACUACCAUUGCUGUCGUGAGGGUUGCAAUCACACUUUCAAAAAUAAAGCGGAUAUGGAAAAACACAAGGUCUAUCAUCUGAAGGAUCAUCAAUUGACCCAGGAUGGCUUUAAGAAAAUCCUUAAAACCGAAAAAUGCCCCUUUGAGGAUUGCAAAUAUUCCUGUGUCUCCAAUCACAUUCAUUGUGUGCGUGACAAUUGCAAUUACAUUCUGCACUCCAGUACCCAAAUGAUUAGCCACAAACGCAAGCAUGAUAGGGCUGAAGGUGAGCAAAACUUCCAACAAUUCAAAGGUCAUUCCAGUGAAGAAGAGUCGCCCACCAAUGUGGCUAACACAGUGGCCACGUCGGCCACUAAAGGCAAUACCUUGAGUACAACGAAUGCCUCAACGCCAUUGUCAUCUUUGUCGGCGGAACAUUUCUUGGCCAGAAAGCGUGGAAGGCCACCAAAGAAAAUUCAAUUGCCCUCAGAAGCCAAAGAGUCAAAGCGUAUUAAACUGGAACCCAGCCAGGAUACCAGCAAUCCAGCCACCUCCUUGGGCAAUAAUCAACAGGCUAAUCUACCUCCUGCCAUGCAGAACCUGGCCCUUUUGAAUCCAUUUAUGGCUAACUUUAAUCCUGCCUCAGCCUCAAUGGAUCCCAAUGCUCCUAAUUUCCAGCUUACCCAUCUGAUGGCCUUAUUCCAACUGCAAAAUCCUCUCUUUUAUCAAAAUUUGUAUCCCCGAGGUAUCACCGCUGCCAAUAUGGCCAAUAUAUUGGGAGCUGCCAAUGCCGCCGGUUUGCCUGCUAGCAAUGCCACAAAUCCUGCCACGAAUUUCCCUAAUACGGGCAAUAGUGUUAAGCAAGAGUUUAGUAGUGAAAAACAGGACUUCAAAGAAUGAUAGGCCUCGUUUAGUUUAGACCACCAUUCAAAGGUGGUAUUGGGUUAGAAAAAAAACCAUUGUUGGUCUUGGACAACAAGACCUAGGAAAGCCUCUGGGUGCUUCAAUUGAUAUUUGAAGCCACCAAAAGAGGUGCUCUAUGGAAAGUAUCAGACAUAGUCCCUUGCGAGAUUUGGCUGGCUUGUGAAAAUAAGCUUAAAGCUGUAGUCUUGGACUUUUUUAAGGGUGAUUAGAAGAAAUCAGAUACUCUCUCGACAUAGAGACAGAAAGAGACGGAGAGAGACAAAGAGAGAGUGAGAGACUUAUCAAGGACAUAAGCAUAGUCCCCAUAAGUAAGAGUUAAGAAAAAUCUAUACCAAAAGCUUUUGUAUUUGAUAAAAGCUUUUUGCAAGAAAAGCUAAGCACAAAAGCUUUUGACAUACAUUUUUCAAGUUUAAAAGAAUUAAUGAAAAUUAGCUUAAUAUAGACCAAUGAAUAUAUGGCCUCCUCAAAAACUGUUCCAAAAAGCUCUAACGGUUGGAGUAAAAAUCAAACUUUUCAUUUUCUGGCGACUUUAACGGAAAACUUUCAACUAUUUUAUAUCAACAUUUAUUUAGUUAAAAGGUCUAUACAUUCCCAAGGACUUUCUAAUUUC